AUGUCGGGCCAAACGCUCACGGAUCGGAUCGCCGCCGCUCAGUACAGCGUGACUGGCUCUGCUGUAGCGAGAGCGGUCUGCAAAGCCACCACUCAUGAGGUGAUGGGCCCCAAGAAGAAGCACCUGGAUUAUUUGAUCCAGGCUACCAAUGAGACCAAUGUCAAUAUUCCUCAGAUGGCCGACACCCUCUUUGAGCGAGCAACAAACAGUAGCUGGGUGGUGGUAUUUAAAGCUUUAGUGACCACACACCAUCUCAUGGUGCACGGAAAUGAGAGAUUUAUUCAGUAUUUGGCCUCUAGAAAUACGCUAUUCAACCUCAGCAACUUUCUGGAUAAAAGUGGAUCCCAUGGUUACGAUAUGUCUACGUUCAUAAGGCGUUACAGUAGAUACUUAAAUGAAAAGGCAUUCUCCUACAGACAGAUGGCAUUUGACUUUGCCAGAGUGAAGAAAGGGGCUGACGGCGUGAUGAGGACAAUGGUUCCCGAAAAGCUCCUGAAGAGCAUGCCCAUCCUGCAGGGGCAGAUCGAUGCGCUGCUGGAGUUUGAUGUGCAUCCAAAUGAACUAACAAAUGGUGUCAUAAAUGCUGCAUUUAUGCUUCUUUUCAAAGAUCUUAUCAAACUUUUCGCUUGCUACAAUGAUGGCGUCAUUAACUUACUUGAAAAGUUUUUUGAGAUGAAGAAAGGACAAUGUAAAGACGCGCUAGAAAUUUACAAACGAUUUCUAACUAGAAUGACCCGAGUGUCCGAAUUUCUCAAGGUGGCGGAGCAAGUUGGUAUAGAUAAAGGUGACAUUCCUGAUCUCACGCAGGCUCCCAGCAGUCUUAUGGAGACCCUUGAACAACAUCUAAAUACCUUAGAAGGAAAGAAACCUGGAAACAAUGAAGGAUCUGGUGCUCCCUCUCCAUUAAGUAAGUCUUCUCCAGCCACAACUGUUACAUCUCCGAACUCUACACCAGCUAAAACUAUCGACACGUCCCCACCGGUUGACUUAUUCGCAACGGCAUCUGCGGCUGUCCCUGUCAGUGCUGCUAAGCCAUCCAGCGAUCUCCUUGAUCUUCAGCCAGACUUCUCUGGAGCGGCUGCGGGGGCGGCAGCGCCUGUACCGCCGCCAGCCGCUGGGGGAGCCACGGCGUGGGGAGACCUUUUGGGAGAGGACUCCUUGGCCGCACUCUCUUCCGUCCCCUCUGAAGCACCGAUUUCAGACCCGUUUGCACCAGAACCUUCCCCUCCUUCGGCAACCACUGAAACCGCUUCCGCUUCUGCCUCAACUACCACAGCUGUGCCAGCUGUCACUACGGAAGUGGAUCUCUUUGGAGAUGCCUUUGCAGCUUCUCCUGGGGAGGCCCCUGCAGCAUCCGAAGGGGCCGCCGCACCAGCUACCCCAACCCCAGUGGCUGCAGCUCUUGAUGCAUGCUCAGGAAAUGACCCUUUUGCCCCAUCCGAAGGAAGUGCAGAGGCUGCACCUGAGCUGGACCUCUUUGCAAUGAAGCCACCCGAGACCAGCGCUCCUGUAGUUACCCCCACAGCUAGCACAGCCCCUUCAGUUCCCGCCACUGCUCCUUCUCCUGCUCCUACCGCUGUGGCAACCACUGCUGCCACCACCGCCGCCACUGCAGCUACCACCACUGCCACCACCUCCGCUGCCGCCGCCGCCGCCGCCGCCGCCACCACCGCCACCGCCACCGCCGCCGCCACCACCGCCGCUCCUCCUGCUCUAGAUAUCUUUGGUGAUUUGUUUGAUUCUGCUCCUGAAGUUGCUGCAGCACCUAAGCCAGACGCGGCUCCUAGCAUAGACCUGUUUGGUACAGAUGCUUUCUCCUCUCCACCACGAGGGGCCUCUCCGGUGCCUGAGAGCUCUCUCACUGCUGACCUCUUAUCCGUGGACACAUUUGCAGCGCCGUCCCCUGCCGCCACUGCCUCUCCAGCAAAGGUGGAGUCCUCGGGUGUGCUAGACCUUUUUGGGGAUGCGUUUGGAAGUAGUGCUUCUGAAACCCAACCAGCACCACAGGCUGUUUCUAGUUCCUCAGCAUCGGCAGACCUACUAGCUGGGUUUGGGGGUUCCUUCAUGGCCCCAUCUACAACACCGGUAACCCCAGCUCAGAAUAACCUGCUGCAACCCAAUUUCGAGGCUGCUUUUGGAACAACGCCUUCAACUUCAAGCAGCAGCUCCUUUGAUCCAUCAGUGUUUGAUGGUUUAGGUGAUCUUCUGAUGCCGACCAUGGCACCAUCUGGGCAGCCUGCCCCUGUCUCAAUGGUCCCACCCAGUCCUGCAAUGGCAGCCAGCAAAGGCCUUGGAAGUGACCUUGACUCAUCUCUGGCCAGCUUAGUAGGCAAUCUUGGAAUUUCUGGUACCACAACAAAAAAGGGAGAUCUCCAGUGGAAUGCUGGGGAGAAAAAGUUGACUGGUGGAGCCAACUGGCAACCGAAAGUCACUCCAGCCACAUGGUCAGCAGGUGUUCCACAGCAGGGCACUGUUCCUCCAACCAGCUCAGUUCCUCCGGGUGCCGGGGCCCCAUCUGUUGGGCAACCUGGAGCAGGAUUUGGAAUGCCUCCUGCAGGGACAGGCAUGACCAUGAUGCCUCAGCAGCCGGUCAUGUUUGCACAGCCCAUGAUGAGACCACCCUUUGGAGCCGCAGCUGUGCCGGGCACCCAGCUUUCUCCAAGCCCUACACCUGCCACUCAGAGUCCCAAGAAACCUCCAGCCAAGGACCCAUUAGCGGAUCUUAACAUCAAGGAUUUCUUGUAAACAAUUUAAGCUGCAAUUUUUGUGACUGAAUAGGAAAAAUAACAUGAGUUUGGAAACUUCAAGUAAGAUUGAUGCUCAGAGUUUCCAAGUGAGCCACCAGUACCAAAUCCAGUGCUGACUGUAACUUCUCUUCCAGACACACAGCCCAGCUGUGACAGUGAACAUUAGGAAUGUGUACUACCUUAGCUGUUAUCCCUGCUCUCAAACUCGUAGCGUAUUUGGAUUAUUUGUGUGUUGUACGAUGUAAACAAUGAAUGGAUGUUUCCAAUGCCUUUAGUGCUUUUCUGGACGUUGCCCAUGGACGGAUGAUGCAGCUGUUGUGUGGUGAGCCAUUUGAAAAGAUGUGUCUGUGUUUUUGAAGGUUUCAGUGUAUAUAUCUAUAACUUUUGGACAAACCCUCAAGUCCUCCCAUGAACUCUCUUCUCUUCUGUACCUCUGUUACAAACGUAAUGUGAUAUUAUCAGCUAGUGAGGAAAACACUCUUAAAUAUAUGAAAACUU